GAUGAAAGCAAUUCGUUUUAAGAACUGAUAGUUUUUAAGAUUCUUAUGGCAGAGGUUUUUGUUUUUGGCCAACUUUUAAGCGUUGAAGCAUUUCCUAAGCAAUCGUUAUUUUGUAAAUGGAAAUUACAUUUCGGUACUAAUUGGAAAGUAUUAGAAGGUUUAACAACUGGUCAAACACAAGUGGAUGAACCACAAGCACAAGAGACCACAUAUUGGUGUCAUCCAAUUGAUCUGCACUUUGUCACUAAAGGGAUUCAGGGGUGGCCAAAGUUAGAGCUACAGGUUUGGCAUCAGGACUCGUUUGGUCGGUGCAAUAUUUGCAGCUAUGGUUUUAUUCAUAUGCCAUCGCAAGGAGGAUAUCAUAAGAUAACUUGUCACACAUGGAGACCAAUCGGUUCACUAAGCGAUCAAAUUUCACAAUUUUUCACUGAAGACAGUCUUAAACUAAUGAAUGAAGAAAUUAUUACUAAUGAAAACCGUUCACGACUUCAAACACAAGCCAUGGGUUCAGUAAAUCUGGAAUUAUAUGUUGUGUUUAAGAAUUUUGAAAUUUACGGAAUUGAGACAUAA